AUGAGCACAGACGCGGUGGAGCAGUCGGAGGCUCCAGCCGAGCAGGCAGAUUUGGAGCAAAACGGAAUCAACUUCAAUCGACAGAUAAAGACCGAGGAGAUCAUCGACUCGCAUCAUUCAGCCGCCGCACUGAAGACAUGUCACCUGAUACAGAGCUCUCCUGUGGCUGGAGGGCAGCUGUCUGGGGAGCUCACCUCUCUACACACCAUGCAGCAGCUGGUGCUGAUGCCACCGUCUCACCUGACGUCUGCCUCCCCCUUCCUGCUCUCCCCCAGCCCCACCAGCCACCAAGCUCUUCUGCAGCAGAACCUGCUGAGUCAAACAAAUCUCCUUCAGCACCAACCUGGACUGGCUCUGACUCCACAGGCUAUGAGUCGCUCUGGUCUGGCCGGGCCGUCUAUGGAGAACCACAUGGACAUGUCCCAGCUGCAGAUGCACAAACACAUGUCAGUGCCACCACACGAGGAACCCAGUGAUCUGGAAGAACUGGAGCAGUUUGCUAAAACAUUCAAACAAAGACGCAUCAAACUGGGCUUCACACAGGGAGACGUGGGGCUCGCGAUGGGAAAGCUGUACGGGAAUGAUUUCAGCCAGACUACGAUCUCUCGCUUCGAGGCUCUCAACCUCAGCUUCAAAAACAUGUGCAAGCUCAAACCUCUGCUGGAGAAAUGGCUGAGUGACGCAGAGAACUCUCCUUCUGACUCGAUGAGUACCUCCACCUCUCUGCCGCCCCUGAUCGAGGGCUACGGACGCAAACGGAAAAAGAGGACGAGCAUUGAAACGAACAUCAAGCUGACUCUGGAGAAACGUUUCCUGGAUAACCCAAAGCCCAACUCCGAGGAGAUAACACAGAUCUCGGAGCAGCUCGCCAUGGAGAAGGAGGUGGUUCGGGUUUGGUUCUGUAAUCGGCGCCAGAAGGAGAAGAGGAUCUACUGCCCGGUGACGAGUCUGUCAGUCAAGUCACACAGCUACAACUCCAGAAUGGCCUCGGCAUCCAGAUCGUACAGUCCGCUGGCUUCAGGAGGCAAGUACUUUUCACCAAAUUCCUCUCCAAACAGUGCAAGUCGUGAAGCUUCUCCCAACGGUCUGUCCACAGCCGCCGUCUCUUUAGCGUCUCAGGUCAACCCAGCGUCCUACAGCACAACAGGGUCCUGGUACCGGACAUGGAAUCCUGCACCGUAUCAUCACUGAGCAACAUGAACCGUAUCUUAUGAAGCUUUUGUUUUGAGAAGGAUGUGCACUGAAGAUGUGACGGAGUAACACGAGAACCCCCGUUAUGAACGGGGUUACGCAGCUCCAGGUUAAACCCUUAGAAAAGAAACAGCAGAGGACUGCAAACACACACACCACACUAACUGCUGUUAGCCUCAAGAUGUUUGAUUGGUGUUCAUGUGACUCUUUACUCUGCGCAGAUCAGCUGCAAAGACCAAGAACACACAGAAACACACACACCUGACAAGAUAUCUGAAACACUAGUGGGGAUUCUCAUCUUCAAAUAAUCCGUCUGAAGGAUUGUGUGCCAUCUUUAUGCUGUUAUUGUAUGUUUAUAUUGUAGUUAGUGUUGUGUCAGUGAAUUUAAUUCAAUCCUAUAUACUGCUAGCUGUCUAAACUUAAGGAUUUCAUAGAUUAGGUAUUAUUAUUAUUGCAGUUCUGUCUAUCAGACAUACAACAACAAAGCCUGACACACGAUCAGAUUGUAAAAGAAACAGUUUGUGCAGAUUAUCCUAAUCACUUUAUCUGGUGGUAAAACGAGAAAUGACCUGAAGUGUUGCUUCGAUGAAGAACAUGACGUAAUAAAAAGGUAAAAACUGUUUCUGUAAACUGAUUUAGAUUCUGAACAAAUAAGUAAACAAAAAUGAGAUACAACAAAGCAAACUCUUAAAGUACAACGUAAAUACUUAUAUGUUCGAAACAGAUAAAUAAUUACUAUUUAUCACAUAUACAACUAACAAACACACAAUGCUUUAAUGUUCCUUCUUCACACAUAGCUUAAUUCCUAAUAAACUAUAUGUUCCAUAAAAUAAAUUGUAAACGUAAGUUCGACAAACCACAUUUUAUAUUCAAUAAUCACAAUUAUGUUUGUUCAGUUUUGAUAUUAAAUGAGUGAUGAUACUAAACGUUGUAACACUUUAAAAAACAAUAUGUUUUGUGUGCUCGUCAGGGGGAACUGGGAGAUUCUUUUUUAUUACAUUAGUUUAGGACAACAAUGGAGCUCCAUGGUACCGAGGAGGAGGAGGCUUUACACAGACGAAGACGAUGAAUGAGAGAAACGUUGACCUCUGCUGGUCCAAACAUGUAGCGUGUUGUUCUGUUUGAUUCUGUACUGAACCCUUCUCUGUUUUAAGUGUCAGUUGUGUAUAUAUAUUCUUUAGUACGUGAAGUUGUUCCUGCUGUGUGCUCCUUUGUCUUUACCUCUUAGCUCCUCAGACACACAUUAACUUUUACUUCCUGUAAUUCAAAUGAAGAUGGCGUCAUGGGUUUGGCUUUCUUUCUUUUAAAUGAUGCAAAGAGUCAAAUCUAAUUGUUGCUCCCUGAGCCCCCCCCCUGAACAUCUGUGUAUUCAAAGUGUCUGUAAACAUCUUUUAACCCUUUAUAAGAAUCUCCUAAACAACUUAACUUUGGAUAUUUCACAGUGUU